UCACUCGCAGAAUCUGGGUCGUAAUAUUUUACUGUGUUCCCAGUUGCUUUAGCCGUGUGAGGCCACCUAAGUUACAACACCCGGGGAAUACCCGAGGAAACUUUUGAUUUAAGUCAAGUCAAGUUUAGGCGAGACCGCGGACGUACCGUAACCGGGAUAGGAAAUAGCGUACACUGGUAGAGGUGCUUUGACUUGAUAUAGCCUUUAGAUCGCUAGUAUAGUUUUAUAGAUUAGCUCGAUUAUUGUCAAUGGGGGUUUUACAACGUGCUAUAAACAUCACGUUUGCAUAUUUGGCAAUUUGUUUCAUUGGAAGCAUAUGGCUCGCCCAUAAAUCAUAUGAAUUUCAUCUGAGUGAAGUUGAAUCUGUUGCCCAAGAUUGGUCUGAGAGCCCCCUAAAAACGCCAUCUGUCGUGAUAUCUGAAUCUGAACGUAUCAAAGGUAUUCGUCAACAAUUUAUGAAAAAACAUGAACAAGUUUUGACUGAAAACAAAUUCCCUGCUUUGCAACUGAGCACAGGGGGUAUUCAUGGAUUAGUUCACUUGCUGUAUGGAUCAUUAUCUGAAUUCCUCAUUGUAUAUCAUGCUCCAUUACAGACAAGUGGCAGCAGUGGGCGUCAUCUCAUAACAAUGUCAAUUACUGUAUUGCAAGGAAGUGUGAAAGUAGUGAAUGAAAGAACUGGAAAAUAUGUUCAAUAUAGUACAAAUGCUAAUUACACCCACCACAAUGGUGAGAGGACCUUUGUUGAAUUGGAAGAAAACACUAUUCUUGUAGUCUAUGGUAGAGGAUUAGUUCCUAUGAAUAUGGGGUACUGGUUAUGUGAUAGCCUAAUCAGUUCAGCAGAUCCAGCAACUGCAUUUUUUGUCAUCUACUAUUACUUUCAAGCUAUAUACUCCAGUCUCACUUUAAAAGAAUUUUUCAUUUCACUGUACAACGACUUAUGGAUGUUAGCAUCAGAAGGACUGGCAUCCCUUCCCAUUUUGUUGAAUGACAUGCAAACAUACGUAACAUCCGUAUCAGGCACUAUCUCAAACAUUUUCAAAAGUAGAAGUAAGUCCAUUAUGACAGAUGCAUAAAUAAUCAGCUUGAUAUAGGAUUGCGGGUUAGAGUAAUCUGUGAGAGUGAGUUGUCAAAUUUAGCAAUUGUCAACCACGAUUUUCCUAUUUCAAUUAAAAAAUAUACCAUAUGUAAGCCAUUUUUCUAUUAUGAUUUAGUCAUUGAACACCUCAGUGCAUAUUGUUUGUCUAACAUUUUUAUCUUUCAUUGUAUUUUUACACUAAUUUUUCAUCACAAGAUUAAAAAAAUAUUGACUGACCAAUGGCAAUGAUACUUCUUAUAUCAAAACUUUGAUACCUGCGAAGUUAUGUGUUUCUUAUGCUAUGAAAUAAAUAACCGGGCCUACUCAACUUAUGCCAAGACUCAACAAACCCUGUUUAC